UGUCGCUUACUGGUUGACGCUAUAGGUUCCACUGUUUGAAAAAUGUAUUAUCGCAAUAUGCACCGCUGCAUCAGGUAGAUCGCAUCUCCGCGGCUGUUAUCGCGCAAUAUGUUCAUUACACGUUAAGCCAUCGGACCGUUUUAGUUAUCCACCUGCUGACACGCCGAAUACAGAGCUUCUAUUUUCUCAUUAGCAUCACUGCCAUUCUUCAUACGACGCCCAUCGCGAUCGCGCGCGUGAUACCGGUCCGUCGCUGGAUUGACAGCGCGUUAAAAAAAAAAAGAGUGCCGAGUGAUACCGGAAUUCCACAGAUCUUGCAUACACAUAUAAAACUUUUGCCUCUCUUUGUUAACGAACGUAUUCGUUUCCGUGGACAGCUCGUCACGUCGAUAUUUAUUUGCGGCGCUUAAAUAUUUCGCGCGAUGAGAGUGACAGUACAACGAACUUUUCUAAUCGCGCUCUUCCUCGUGCACGCGCACUUUUCGCACGGCUUCGCGAAAGACGAUGGCAAUUGUUCUCGGUAUCGCUCGCACGCCGACGAUCAUCCCGAGUGCGACUUUGUGAAAGAUCGGCAACGUCUCGUUUGUUUCAACGGUCUUGAAGACGAAUGGAGAGCAAGGGCUGAAACCGUACACGUACUCAUCCUUUGCGCAUGGCCGAAGGCAACGUUUGACCCGCAGGAGAUUUUACGGGGAUUCACGUUCUUACGAAAAUUAAUGAUUGCGAACAGUAACUUAACUCGAUUGUCAACCGCAUUUCCAAGCGAGAUGCAAUUUCUGGAGAAAGUCAAUGUGACCGGCACCAAACUGCGUUCGCUACCGACAGAUGCGUUCUCCAAUUUACGGACUUUGAGAUGCCUCGACCUGAGAAACAAUGCUCUCGAGGAGAUUAGCGUUACGGCUUUCGACGCACCUGCGCUGAAGCACGUUCAUCUGGCCGGUAAUCCAUUGAGAUGUACGGAAGAUGUAGCGUGGAUUUUGGACUCCAGUGAGGGAUCAGCCGCGAGUAAAGUCGCCGACAAAGACAAAUUACUUUGCGCCACGCCGUAUGAUGGAAGACCGCUUGUCCCGAUCGUCGAGAUAAUCGCGACACUGAAAAAGGAAUGCAAAAAGACGGUUUGCGACUGCGAAUUGAUUUAUGUGGUUGCACGCGCGGGCAAACUAACGCAGAGGCAGCUCAUAGCUUUUACUUCCGUCAACUGUAGCCAUCGCGAUUUGAUGGAAAUGCCGAAAUUUUUACCUGCGGAUACAACGUCCCUUCGUCUGAGUGGAAAUAAGAUCAAGGACCUAACUCCGCUCGCGACAAAUCCUGCUUACAAAUCCGUGCUGGACCUCUACAUAGACGAUAAUCUGGUAGAAUCUAUCGCUCGGCUAGAAGGAUCAGACUGGCUGGACCAUUUCCGACUCCUUAAUCUUCGGGGGAAUAAACUUACCGAUUUGCCUACUUACGCCCUGGAGAACGCAUUGCUGCGCAAUAGGAACGCAGCUGGCCUGUAUCUCGGCAAUAAUUCGUGGACGUGCGACUGUCACUUUACACCGAGCUUUCAGGAUCUUCUGAUCAGGCAUUCAAGUAUAAUAAAAGAUAUCAAUGACAUAAAGUGCGCUUUCACGAGUGACAGCGAUAACUCAAACAAACAGAUCCGUGAUCUUACGCGGACAGAGAUCUGCAUUUUACCGGACGAAGAUUCUUGGCUUCAUCCCCUCGACGUUUUGAACAUCGUAUUGGCGUCAUUAAUAUUCCUCGUGCUUGGCAAGCUUUUGUAUGAUUACUGGUCUUUUAAGAAAACCGGAAAGCUGCCUUGGAUCGUCGCCAAAAUACCAUGAUAUCGGUACAAGUGCCUCUU